UUCGCUAUUUUGAAAAUCUCCCAUAAUUUUUUGGCAUAAUAGCCGGCAAAGAUGUCACCAACUGAUCCACAUUCAAAAAACUUUCUCUCCCGCAAAGUGUGCCCUUUGUUUUCUUAACCGCUCCACCACAUUAAGUUCUUCUUAAAAGCACAAAAAUGCGUAACCGCUCCACCACGUUAAGCUCUUCUUAAAAGCACAAACAUGCGUGUCUAUCAAGUCAACAUCCACACACAAACACAAACACAAAAGACAUAUAUAUGGGAUUGUAUGUAAGUUUGUGUGUAUAAUAUAAAUAUCUCUCUCUUUCAUCUAUUUGUCAAUGGGAAGAAUCAGAGAAGAAGAACCAGAUCUCAAGUCCCAGUUGGUGACAGAGAUUUGCAACCUAUCCAAACGCGCCAUCACGUGUGCUCAUGGCAGUGGUCGCAGCAACCCCACCGGAUCACCUUUCAUCGACUGGUUCCUUGUUCUUCGAGUUGAAGAAAAUGAAGGGUUGGAUGUGAUCAGGAAGCAAUACCGUAAACUAGCUUUACAACUUCAUCCUGAUAAGAACAAGCAUCCCAAAGCCGAAAUUGCCUUCAAGCUUGUCUCAGAGGCAUAUGCAUGUCUUUCUGAUAAUGCAAGAAGAGCAGAGUUUAACUUGGAGAGACAGAACAGCAACUGCAAUGAGUGCAACAGAACAGGAUAUGCAACCUGCAAUGGUCCUGCCACUCGAGAUGCAAAAAUCAAGGGAUCAUUUCCUAUACAGAACUCGAGGUCUCGAAAAAUCAAGCAACGAAUAAGCCAUCUCAGAGCCAGAUUUUCAGAAGAGGCCAGUGUGAUUGAGAAUUGUUUGAGGGCUAUCAGGACGUCAACAAAAGGAGAACUACCAGUCUUCGAUCCAUCAACAAAAGAACACAAGAUCUUCAACCCAUCAACGAAAGACCACCCAGUCUUCAAUCCAACUGAUUACCUGUUCCAAGGCUACCCUCACCACCAGAGGACAGGAGUUCACAAGAAACCUGAGAAAUUUCACUACUUGUGGGCAGAAAAUGUACCGAAUUAUGAGCCACGGAGGUGUGAGUCCCCAAUCUAUGAUUUCAGAUCACAAAAUGGUGCAAUUAAAUUCAAAUAUUCUUGUCUCAGAUAAUCUACAGCAAUCAAGAAUCGUCUUGUCUUAGACACCGUUUCACUAAUUAGGAUUUAAAGUCUAAGCACAUCAGAUAAAAGUAUGAAUCAGUUUUUCAUUUAAUUGUAAUAUAUUCAAGUUUCAUAAUAUUAGAUUGCCAUUUAUUCAUAA